CUGUAAUUUGACCCCACAGGCCUACACCCUGAAACACUUGGCAGACUACUGAGAAGCAGUGAGACGCACAGUACAGUAGCCACAACCUGAUUUGAGAAGUUGGACAAUGAGGUGGUGCUGUUCCUUUCCGCGUGCCCUGCUCCUCGUCCUGCUCCUCGGCUGGUGGGGUCGGAGUACAGGGUUCAAGAUCUGUUCCUUCAAACUGCAGAGCCUGAAUAGCACCAAGGCAGCCAAUAAGAGAGUCAUGUAUACACUGAAACGGGUGGUGUCUCGUUGUGACGUCUGUCUGCUGCAGGGCGUGAAUGAUCCAAACGGUUCCGUCAUGAAGCACCUUGUGACCAAGCUGAACAGGGACAAUGACAGUUACGACCACCAGUACCAGACGGUAGCCAGCCGAAGCCUUGGAGCCAAUCCAAAUGACAUGCAGGAAUACGUCUUCCUCUACAGGAAGGAAAUCGUCAGUGUGAGCGACCGUCACCAGUACGAGGGGAAGGGCUUCGCCCGGCCUCCGUUUAUGGUUCGGUUUAAGAGCAGCCAAACAAGCGUGGGGGACUUUGUGCUGGUGGCGGUGAACACGUUGCCGAGCCGGGCGGUGCAGGAGAUGGAUCAGCUCUACGACGUCUUCACGGACAUCAGCAAGAGGUGGAAAACCGAGGCGGUGAUGUUCCUGGGGAACUUCAACGCUGGCUGCAGUCACAUGACCCGGCCCAAGAAGAAAGAGAUCCGCCUCUUCACAAAGAAGGGUUUCUAUUGGCUGAUCGGUGACCACGUUGACACAACAACCACUGACACCACAGACUGUGCCUACGAUAGGUUUGUGGUGCAUGGUAAGUCGUUCCUGAAGCAGGUGGAGCCGGGGACUGCUUCGGUCUUCAACUACGCUAAGACCUACCAGAUCAAGAAGAUGGAGGCCAUGCACAUAAGCGAACACUUCCCCAUAGAGGUGGAGCUUAAAAGCUCCACCCACCUACCUCAGGCCACACCCCUCCUCAUCCUGCUGAGCCUCUCUGCCUUCCUCUUGUCCGGCCUGGCUGCUCUGUGAUCGUUGGAUUGCUUCUGGAGCCUGGCCGGGAGUGAACAUUACUGGACCAUCAACAUCUAUUCUCUUCUAGGAUUUAAACAGCCAAUCACCAUGUAACAGUAAUGUCACUGUUAUAUUUUUCUGAGAAGAUGAUAAUGAAAACUUUAUUAAUAUAUUCUUGGUCUUCUUGUCUCAUCCCCCCUUAUCUGUAAAGUUCUGAAAGUUCAAUGACAACCAAACCGAUAAAUCUGUUUUAUAAUCUUUGUCUUGAUUAUUUUUAUUAUACGCUUUUGUAAUAUUAUUAUUGAUAAUUGAUUGUUUUGAAAGCUCUGGUUGUCUGCCAUGAUUUAAAGUACUUUUUUUAAUAUCAUUUAUAUGUCAUACUGCACAGACAAUGUAAAUAUUUUGAAUGUCAUUCUUUCUAUGCCUGAAUAAUAAAGAAUAAAGAUUAUUUUAACACA